UUUUUCCUCUCUCUCUCUCCCUCCAAAACUAUCCACUUCCCUCUCCUUUAAUUCCUCUCUUCCACUGUUCCCCACAACAAUUUCUCUCCACCAUUCCACCCCAGAAACCAUCAACAAAAGAAGACUUUCCAUUCACUUCUCUCUUUCUUCCUCUCCUCCCCCACAAAGCCAUGGCAUUCCAUUUCCUUCACCUUCUUCUCUCUCUCUUCUUCCUCAUACACCUUCCAUCCAUUGCACAUUCCAAGCUCAACGCCGACUACUACCAAAAAACAUGUCCUAAGUUCCCACAAAUCAUGCGACAGGUCAUCACCGCCAAACAACUCGCGACUCCUUCCACCGCUGCCGCAACCCUUCGUCUCUUCUUCCACGACUGCAUGGUAGGAGGAUGCGAUGCUUCCAUCCUCAUCUCCUCCAACGCUUUCAACCGCGCCGAACGGGAAGCAGACAUCAAUCUCUCCCUUCCCGGCGACGGUUUCGACCUCGUAACGAGGGCGAAAACCGCCCUGGAGCUCGAAUGCCCCGGCGUCGUCUCCUGCUCCGACAUCCUUGCCACCGCUGCUCGAGACCUCGUCACCAUGGUCGGCGGUCCUUAUUACCCUAUACGUCUCGGCCGCAAAGACGGACUCGUCUCCAAAGCCGAGAAUGUAGAAGGCAAUAUCGCCAGAUCAACAAUGCCUAUAUCUCAAAUAAUCUCCAUCUUCGCCUCGAAGAAGCUUACGGUGCAAGAAAUGGUGGCGUUGGCGGGAGCUCACACAAUAGGGUUCUCGCAUUGCAAAGAAUUCAGCAAGAGGAUAUUCAACUUCAGCAAGAAGUCGGAGUACGAUCCGGCUUACUAUCCCAAGUACGCGGAGGGAUUGAGAAAGCUGUGCGAGAACUACACCAAAGACCCCGCCAUGUCGGCUUACAACGACGUGUUGACGCCCAACAAGUUUGAUAAUAUGUAUUACAGGAACUUGCAGAAAGGACUGGGUUUGUUGGCUUCGGAUAAUGCAUUGGCUACAGACAAGAGGACAAGGCCGUACGUGGAUAUGUAUGCGGCGAAUCAGACUAAGUUUUUCCAAGAUUUUGCUCAUGCCGCUGAGAAGCUUAGCGUUUAUAAUGUUAAGACUGGUAGGAAAGGUGAGGUUAGACGCAGAUGCGAUGCUUUCAAUGCUCUCAACACUUGAGAAUUAUUGUUAUUAUUAUUAUUCUUUUUUUUAUAUUUUCAGAUUUCAUAUAAUACAGUAUGGGCGUGGAUAUGGCUUUUGUAAAAUGUUUGUUGAUGGGAAUUGCAAAAAAUUAACAAAGAUGCAUAUAUCUUCCCAAUUA